CGCGCAUUGUUAUUUACCCUUUGGGCUUAUUUCCCCUUCCUUCCCUUCAAUGCCUGCGAACCGGACAGGUAGCAUGACCGGAAUGACCGACCUCAAUCUUGAUCCCCUUAAAACAAUGAGCGGGACAGAUCAUAUGUCAAUUCUUUUCUUCCAUCAUCACUGACUUUGUUAUUAGACAACGUCAAUUUCCUCACAUCCCCUCAUUAUACAACACAUCUAACUCGCAAUCAUGGGUUUAUUCAACUCUGAUGACGAAGAGAAAAUCUUCCAACAAGAAGUAGAAGAAGUAAAGCAAUGGUGGAAGAGCCCUCGUUUUGCACGUACAAAACGUCCUUACACCGCUGAACAAGUGGUCUCAAAACGUGGUACAAUCAAACAAAUUUACCCUUCCAACGAACAAGGCAAGAAAUUGUACAAGCUCUUAGAAGAACACUACGCUAAAGGAACUCCUUCCCACACUUAUGGUGCUUUGGACCCCGUUCAAGUCACUCAAAUGGCCAAACAUUUGGAAUCAGUCUACGUUUCCGGUUGGCAAUCAUCUUCAACUGCCAGUUCAACCAACGAGCCUGGACCUGAUUUGGCAGAUUACCCUUACAACACCGUCCCAAACAAGGUUGAGCAUUUGUUCAUGGCUCAAUUGUUCCAUGACCGUAAACAACGUGAAGAACGUGUUGGCUUGAGUGCUGAACAACGCAAAAACACUCCUUACGUUGAUUAUUUGCGUCCAAUCGUUGCUGAUGCUGAUACCGGACAUGGUGGUUUGACUGCCGUUAUGAAAUUGACAAAGCUCUUUGUCGAAAAAGGUGCUGCAGGUAUCCACAUCGAAGAUCAAGCUCCAGGCACAAAGAAGUGCGGUCACAUGGCCGGUAAGGUCUUGGUCCCUAUUGCUGAGCAUAUCAACCGUUUGAUUGCUAUUCGUUUGCAAUACGAUAUCAUGGGCGUUGAAAACUUGGUCGUUGCACGUACGGACUCAGAAGCUGCCACUCUGAUCACCUCCAACGUUGAUGAGCGUGAUCAUGCCUUUGUUUUGGGUACAACAAACAAGAACUUGGAACCUUUGGUUGAUGUUAUGACCAGAGCUGAACGUGAAGGCAAGAGCGGUGAUGCUUUGCAACAAAUCGAAGACAGCUGGACCAAACAAGCCAACUUGAAGCUAUUCUCCGAAGCCGUUAGCGAUCAUUUGACUUCUCAAGGUGCUUCAUCAAAGGCAGGUGACUUCUUGAAACAAUCCGCUCAUAUGAGCAACAAGAAGGCUCGUGCUUUGGCCGACCAACUUGGCGUCAACGAAAAGAGUGGAUUCUACUGGGAUUGGGAUGCACCAAGAACGAGAGAAGGUUACUACCAAUACCGUGGUGGUACCCAAUGUGCUGUCAACCGUGCUAUCGCCUUCGCUCCCCAUACGGAUCUAGUCUGGAUGGAGACGAAAUCACCAAUUUUGGCACAAGCCAAAGAAUUCUCAGAAGGCGUUCGAGCUGCUGUUCCAGGGCAAUGGCUGGCAUACAAUCUUUCACCAUCUUUCAACUGGGAUGCAGCUAAAUUGAGCCCUGAACAAAUGAAAUCCUACGUUUGGGAUUUGGGUAAAUUGGGCUUCUGCUGGCAAUUCAUCACCCUUGCUGGUUUGCACUCCAAUGCUUACAUCUCAGACCACUUUGCCAAGGGUUUCGCAGCUGAAGGUAUGAAGGCAUACGUUGAAAUUGUCCAACGUAAGGAACGAGAGAUUGGUUGUGAUGUUUUGACCCAUCAAAAAUGGUCAGGAGCAAACUACGUUGACAAUUUGCUCAAGACCGUCACGGGAGGAGUGUCGAGUACUGCUGCAAUGGGUGGCUACAAUAGUGAAAGCCAAUUCGCCAAAAAGUGAGAUGUUUCUGCAAUGUCAUUUAUGUUCCCUUUCUCUAAAGUUGAAAAGUUUCUGUAAUGUCAUUUAUAUGUUCUUUU